AUGUCAUAUUUUUGCGCCCUAAUGUCAGCUCGAGAAAACAAGCAAACGACGAUGGUACCACCUGCUAUACACAAAACUAACCCAGAUUCUCAUGGUACAGUGGAUUCGAAGGUGCUGCGGUAUGAACGGUUUAUUGACGACGUACUGAAGAAACGUUUACAAAAAGUGACGGAGCAACGAGAUGCUGUUUAUGAGCAGAUCUCUCAUUACCUGCAGCUGAAGAACACAUUGCAGCGUCUGCAGGAGACAGAUUCUCAUCGACUCAAGACCGAUGUUGACCUGGGCUUUAACUUCUAUGUUCAGGCCGAAGUGGAGGACUCAUCCAGGAUCUUUGUGUUAGUGGGCCUUGGCUUCUUCGUGGAAAUGGAGCACGCUGAAGCUCUUCACUUCAUCGACAAAAAGACGAGUCAACUAACGGCCUCCACAGAUCAGCUGACUAAAGAAUGUGCCAAAAUUAAAGCAAACAUCCGCCUGAUGCUUCAGGGUCUGCGAGAACUUCAGGGUCUGACCGACCUUCCAGAACGCAGCAGGAGAGAAAUCUUCUAGAUUUGUACCUCCUCAGAACCCCUCAUGAGGAGAGACAAUGUCCGGUCGCACACGACGAGGAGGAUCAACCUGAACAUUUCAUGGUUGUUCUUCUGGAGUGACCAGAUUUGGUGGAUUUUCAAAUGGACACGUGCAAGCAAGAGAUGCUACGCCCACACCCGGAGGGUUUGAGGGCAACUUGAUGAAGAAGGUGUUGUUUUCAUAUCCAAACGUGGGCCAUUGAUACGGCGACAUGUGGCUGAAUUAAGUCAAGGACUGGAGAAAUAAUUGUCACACACUGUGUGGCAUUUCACAAGUUGGAUUAUUUUCAUGUAAUUUCUCACAAUGUAAAUAAAUGGACAAAAACUCAAAAUGUUCCCAAAAUAA